CCUUUGAGCGGAUUCGCCUGACAACGCGUGACGUUGAGUAGAGUGUUCCGUCAGUGUAGCGGUGCAUCAUAUGACACUGUCCGCCGAUCCUUGACUAGAGGAGAGAGCUGUCAUUGAAAUAAAUAAAUAAACAAACAGACGAGAGAGAAUAACAACUAUAUCAUUUCUACUCCUUGUACCAGUCCACCCUCGCGUGGACCACAGCGGGUAUUCUCCAUCCUCUCCUUCAACCGCCGACCGGCAUCAGACCGAAAACUCAACCUCCGUUGUGCGGAGACAUCUCCGUGGCUUUUCCGUAGGACAGAGUCAUUUACGGGUCGGUCCUAAAGGAUACGGUGCGUCACCAUUUCCGUUUGAAGCACCGACUGCAAUUCCUCUGUAGGCGCGCUCUCGACAUUUUCUCCCAGAAUUGUCACUCUGAGCGUGCGUAUCUGUGGGAUUUAGUUUCCAUUUUCCUGAUGUACAUUCAUAACGGAAAGGGGGAAUUCAAUGAAUUUGAAUUAAACCUGGACAUCAAUCAGGCAAAGCGCUGCAGCUGAGGACAGCUUCCCGCGACGUGUCCGCGUUUGCCGUCUCGUCAUUUCUUAUUAUCGUAGGGGAGUGAGAAAAUAGAAUUGAUAGCGACUGUUGGGCGUUACGUAAUAGGGGCAUUAUCCCGGUUGCUGGACUGAACGGUAUAACGGGAGACACGCAGAGAUACACAGAGUGCAACCUUGCGUGGUUGACGCUACGGGGAGAAAAUGUCGGGGCAGACUCUGACGGAUCGCAUUGCCGCUGCGCAAUACCAGCUCACGGGCUCCGAAGUGGCGACGCGCGUCUGCAAAGCUACCACACACGAGGUGAUGGCGCCCAAGAAGAAGCACUUGGAUUAUCUGAUCGCAGCCACCAAUGAGACGAAUGUUAACAUCCCUCAGAUGGCGGACACGCUGUUCGAGAGAGCCACCAAUGCCAGCUGGGUGGUCGUCUUCAAAGCCCUGCUUACGACACACCACAUGUGCAUACACGGCAAUGAGAGGUUUAUCCAGUACCUCGCCUCCAGGACUUCUUUGUUCAACCUCAGCAACUUCAUUGACAAAACUGGCACCCAUGGCUAUGACAUGUCCACAUUUAUCAGGCGAUACGCCCGCUACCUGAAUGAGAAGGCCUACGCUUACCGCCAGAUGGCGUUCGACUUCACCAGAGUCAAGAAGGGUGCUGAGGGUGUUAUGAGGACUAUGACUCCUGAUAAGCUGCUGAAGGCCAUGCCAGCACUGCAGACCCAGGUGGACACUCUGCUGGAGUUUGAUGUCCACCCCAAAGAUCUGAACAAUGGAAUAAUCAAUGGUUGUUUCAUGCUGCUUUUCAAAGACCUGAUCAAGCUUUUUGCCUCUUACAAUGAUGGCAUCAUUAAUUUAUUAGAGAAAUAUUUCAAAAUGAAGAAGUCUGACUGCAAGGAGGCCCUCGAGAUCUACAAGAGGUUCCUGACCCGUGUGACCAAGAUCUCUGAGUUCAUGAAGAUUGCAGAGCAAGUUGGAGUCGACAAGAAUGACAUACCUGACAUUUCUUAUGCUCCAAGCAGCAUCUUGGAGUCUCUGGAGACACACAUGAACAGUUUGGAGGGCAAGAAAGGUGAUUCUCCAACAAAGGGCUCCCCCACCAAUAACGCUUCACCCACCUCCACUCCGGCCAAAUCUGCCACCGCUGUGCCCACCUUGGAGCCCCCACCCACCGAUGGCUCCGCAGCAGCCGCUGCUGCCCCUGAAGAGCCUGUCACAGACUCUCUGCUGGACCUGGACCCUCUCGCCUUCUCUGGCCCUUCAACAGGAGCCUCCGCAGCACCCACCAACUGGGGAGACCUGCUUGGAUCGGAGAUGGGUUCCCUCUGCACCACCGACUCCCUUCAGCCCGACCCCUCCCAAGCGGUAGACUCCGCCCCCUCUCCGGCCGCAGCCAAUGCCGGCGCUGGUACGGAGGCGGCAGCUAGCAGUCUGGCUCCUCCCGCUGCCGGGGCCGCCGCCCCCAGCCCCGGCCAAUCGGAUCUCCUGGGAGAGGCAUUUGCCACCCCGGCGGCCGACCCCCCUGCUGCAGCUGAAGGUGGAGCUUCUGCGUCCACACCCACCCCUGCUGCUGACGCUGCUGCUGCUUCUGACUCAGCAGGUGGAGAUGCCCAGGCCGCAGCACCCGCUGCCCCGGCAGGAGCCGACCUGAUGGCGGCCUUUGAUGGACUGGGUGAUGUUCUUAUGCCUGCUAUGGCCCCUCAUCCAGCUGGUGCAUCACCCAUGGCUGCAUCUCCUGUGAAGCCUGACUUGGACGCCACCAUGGCUAACCUGGCCAGCAAUCUGUCCAUGGGGAACCAGAAACCGGCGGAUGGGGCAGCAGGCGGGGCCAACUGGCAAGCUCCUCAGGUAGCUCCUCCCCAGUGGGGCGGUCCCAUGACUGGGCCCAUAGGGGCCUCACCUUAUAUGGGGUCUCAGCCUCCAUUUUGCAUGGCGGGGGCGCCCGGUGCUGGAGCUCCCAUGAUGCCCGGCUCUCCCAUGAUGUUCCCCCAGCAGCCCAUGAUGAGGCCGCAGUUCCCUGCCGCUGGGAGCGGUGCACCGAUGAACCCUGCUAUGGCUCAGAGCCCCAGGAAGCCCCCACCCCCCAAAGACCCCCUGGCUGACCUCAACAUUAAGGACUUCCUAUAGAGAUCCUAUAGAACCUGUCAGUAAAGCUGAUUGGAGCCCUGCUGGUAUGGGAGUCCUGUUGAUAUGGGUGUGUGAUGUUCUCUCCCUCUCUCUGGUCACCUGUUCCUUCUCCUUCUUCUCCCCUUUUCUCUCUCCCUCUCUCUGUCUAAUGUUGUAGCACAAACAGUGGAUGUGAACCUGUAUACGUGUGAUUGUGUGUGCGUAUUUUAAUGUCAUCCUUUACUUCGGUCAGUGAAAAAUGAAUUAAAAUGAAGCGGAAAUGAAAAAGAAAAAAAAAAAAGAAAAUCAUGUUUAGCUAUGGUGCAGUCACAACAGGAGUCAGCCGCCCAGUGGACAGAGCUAGGUGGAAAUUGUCCUUAGGCUUCUUUGCGAUGGGGGUUUGGGGAUGCAGAGUGGCUUGGGAAAGUUGUUUUUUUUUCUCUGUGGGCAAAAAAGUAAACAUGUAAACAAAUACAUAAACGAUGUUCAGUGUGUGUUAAUCUCAUAGGGCCCCCCUUCUGUUGUCGUGGUGCAGACAUUUCACUACUUUCACAAGUGUAACCUCCCUAACCACACACACACACACACACACCAACUCAACUCAACCUAGCCAGCACUUGGCUGGGAACCUACUUACACUCACAAACUAUAGUUCUCUGGGGUUCUUUGUUAGUUCCUUAAAAAAAAAUCUGAAAGCUCUCCAUAGGCCUUGCUCCACGUAAAGUUCCCCUAUAAUUGGAUUUAUUUGGGUUGAACAUUUCUGAUGAGUUUCUCAUAGUCAGAAUGGAGGUCAGUGAAACUCUUCCAAAAGAGUGUGCCUGUGGUAGAACCUUCUGAAGGGUACUAAAUGAAGAACCCUAUUUUAUCUCUAAGAGAGCACCAGCGCCAUGAGAAGAGAACUAAAAGUCCCCCCUGAUGUGUUGACGCCCAGGUUCUUUUCUGUUCUUUUUUUCCUGUUUCUGUUGUUCCUGCCCCGCCCCUUUUCCUCGCCUGAAUGUGUGCUACACGUGUCACAUAUGACACGCCACAUUAUGCAUUUUAGACUUUAUUUUGUUGACCAAACAAUGCAGAUAUCUUUUAGUCUUUAUUUUGAAUUUAAAUGAAAAAAAGUUGUUUCAUAUAUUUUAGUUACUGCGUUCAAAAUGCUUAGCAUACAGUCUCUAGUGGAAAGAAGUGGAAAUACUGUAUCCCCAAUGUGUAUAUAUCUCUAUCUAUAUUCAGAAGACUAGUAGCCUAUUGGAUGCACCCCCCCCCCCCCCCAACCCUCCUCUCCUCAGCUCCGCAGUGAAAGGUGACAGUAUUCAGCGUCCGGCUGCAUCCCAAUGAUCAGCAGCAGCAUCUGCCAUAUCAGAGACUGUCAACCCUGUGACUGGAGGAUGGAAAUAUAACUGGAUGUUCAGUGUUUUGUUUCUGUAUUGAAAAAAAAAAACUGUGGUGAAGUGUUGAGAACAGAUAACAAACAAACAAACUAAAAAAAAGAAUAAAGGGGGAAAUGUGUUCCAUGAAUGACUGCUUUUGAUUGUUUUCUUGUUAUUUUUGUUUUAAUUUUUUGACUUAUCUGAAUAACCUAGCUCCUGAGCCCAAGUGCAUGUGCAUACUGUUGAAAUACAAUAAAAACAGUGAUCUGAAGAGAUGAUAA